CCUCGAUCAGUUCUCCUGGCGUCAUCAGAUUGCGCGCAGGUCUGACUGGAGAAAAAAUUAAAAAUGUGGUGCAGCAAACUGAAAGACUUUGCCUGUGGCUCCGGGCCACAAAACAAUAUUUUCCGCAGCGAGGAAAUGUCCUUGGCGCAAAUGUUUCUACAGCCAGAGGCGGCCUAUGAAACGAUUUCACAGUUAGGUGAAAUGGGCUGCGUGCAGUUUCGUGAUAUGAACGAAGGUGUCACCGCGUUGCAGCGCAAGUUCGUCAAUGAAGUGCGUCGUUGCGAUGAGCUGGAGCGAAAAAUACGUUACGCAACAUCGGAACUGAACAAGGAUGGCUUCAAGGUGGUGGAUUUGGUAGAGGACUUUCCGCCAGCACCCAAGCCCAAGGACAUAAUCGAACUGGAGCUGCUGCUGGAAAAGACGGAGACGGAGAUCAUUGAGCUGGCGGCCAACAACGUGCGCUUGAAGACCAAUUAUCUGGAGUUGUCUGAAAUGAUUCAAGUGUUGGAGAAGAGCGAGCAGUUCUUCUCCUCACAGGAGUCACACAAUUUCGAUACCAACAAGCGUGGCACUCAUCGUGAUCCGGAGCAAUGCGACGGCAGCUUGGGCUUCAUAGCCGGUGUCAUUCGUCGUGACCGUCAGUACGCCUUUGAACGCAUGUUGUGGCGCAUCUCGCGUGGCAAUGUCCUGGUGCGCAGCUGCGACUUGGAGACACCGCUGAAGGAUCCGCGCACCGGGGAAUUGAUCUACAAGAGCAUCUUUGUGGUAUUCUUCCAGGGCGAUCAGCUGCAGGGUCGCAUACGCAAAGUCUGCACCGGUUUCCAUGCCUCCAUGUAUCCGUGUCCCAGUUCACAUGAGGAACGCAUGGAUAUGAUUAAGAGUGUGCACACUCGCCUCGAGGAUCUGCAAAUUAUCAUCAAUCAGACGGGUGAUCAUCGCUCGUGUGUGUUAAAGGCCAUCAUGAAGCAGAUCCCCAACUGGACGGCCAUGGUAAAGAAGAUGAAGGCCAUCUAUCACACCUUGAACAUGUUCAACGUGGAUUUGGGCAGCAAGUGCUUGAUUGGUGAGUGCUGGGUGCCAACGCGUGAACUCGAGGAAGUGGAAACAGUGCUGGCUGAGGCAUCGAUUGCCCUGGGCAGCACUAUACCCACCAUCUUCAACAUAUUGGAAACGAAGAAGGAGCCGCCCACAUACUUUAGGACCAACAAGUUUACCUAUGGCUUCCAAGUGCUGAUCGAUGCUUAUGGCAUUGCCAGCUAUCGUGAGGUGAAUCCUGGACUUUACACUUGCAUAUCGUUUCCCUUUUUGUUUGCCGUCAUGUUUGGUGACAUGGGCCACGGAUUUUUGGUCUUCCUGCUCGGAUUAUGGAUGGUGCUGGGUGAGAAGAAGCUUAGCAAGACACGCGCUGGAGAAAUUUGGAAGAUUUUGUUCGGCGGUCGCUACAUUAUCUUGUUGAUGGGCAUGUUUGCCAUGUACACAGGAUUCAUCUACAACGAUUGCUUCUCCAAAUCAUUCAAUGUCUUCGGCUCGCACUGGGCACUGCAAUAUAAUCGCACCACGGUGCUCACGAAUCCUUCAUUGCAGCUGAACCCCUCGACAGAUCAACGCGGCACUUACCCGAUGGGCAUUGAUCCCAUUUGGCAGUCGGCAACCAAUAAGAUCAUUUUCCUAAACACCUACAAGAUGAAGUUAUCCAUCAUAUUUGGUGUGCUGCACAUGAUCUUUGGUGUCUGUCUGUCGGUGGAGAACUUUGUCUACACGAAGAAAUAUGCGUACAUCUUUCUGCAGUUUGUGCCCCAAGUGCUGUUCCUGUUGCUGCUCUUCGGCUACAUGGUGUUCAUGAUGUUCUAUAAGUGGAUACAGUACACGGCGCAUGCCACAAAUGUGGCCGAUUCUCCCAGUUGUGCGCCAUCGGUGCUCAUUAUGUUCAUCGACAUGAUCUUGUUAAAAACGGAGACGGCAACGGGUGGCUGCGCGGCUGGCAUGUUCCCCAUUCAACGGCAGCUUGAGACGAUUCUCUUGGUGGUGGCCGUCAUCUGUAUUCCCUGGAUUCUGCUGGGCAUGCCCCUGUGGAUCACUUGCCAGCGCAAAUACAGGAAAGGUAAGGUCGAGCAGAACUUUGAUACCAUCAUGGAGACCAUUGAAAUAACCGGCAAGGAGGUCAUCAUCACUGAGUUGGGUGACUCCCAUAAGAAGGCGCCGUUAAGCGAAGAGGAAGAGGAGGAGGAGGAGCCUAUGAGUGAAAUUUGGAUUCAUCAGGCCAUUCACACCGUCGAGUACAUUCUGAGUACCAUUUCCCACACUGCCUCGUAUCUGCGUCUCUGGGCUUUGUCCCUGGCUCACGCUGAACUGUCUGAGGUGCUGUGGACUAUGGUGUUGUCGGAGGCUUUGCAAAUGAGCGGCUACAUCGGCGUCAUUGCUGUCUUCCUCAUCUUUGCCGUUUGGGUGUUCUUCACCAUUGCCAUCAUGGUGAUGAUGGAGGGCUUGUCCGCCUUCUUGCAUACGCUGCGUUUGCAUUGGGUGGAGUUCAUGAGCAAAUUCUACACGGGUACUGGCUACGAAUUCCAGCCAUUGGAUUUCAAUGCCAUGCUGACCGCUGAAGAAGAGGAUUAGGUCACUUUUUGCGUGUGGGUUACAAAAUCCAUUAAUAAAUAAAGCAUACCAUAAAAAA